GCGCUUCUAUUCCGCACAGCACGGUACGGCUGAAUGUCGGGAGAGACGUAGAAGCCCAAACAGAGCCUGUCCAAACACCAGAGACCAAGAUCACCCGGAAGAUUGUACGUUAAACGCCGACAGACGCUAGAAAUCGAGUUUAAUCAUGGCACAAAUGUUCAGUAUCUCUGACAAUGAGUCAGAGACAUCGGAAGACCGUGAGGACCCCGACCAGACAGAACAUAACAGUGGAUUGCCGCAGGGGAAGCAGCUCCGCACUGUGCCUGAUAGCCUGAAAGGCGAGCAACUGGGGAGGCAGAGAAAUCUCUCGAUGAAUGAGGAUCUGCUGGAGGCCGGGGCAGCAGAUGAAGGCGAUUUCAGGCCUAGAUCUCGCUCUGCUCCUCCUGCUUUGUGGGCUGCUAAGAAAUAUGGCCGACAGCUAAGGAGAAUGAGCGAUGAGUUUGACAUCCUCCUUGAUAAAGGGAUGAAGAGGGUGAAGAGCGCAGGAACAGCACGUCAGAUGCAGCAAUCACCCAGCUGGUUGGCCUUCCUUUGGAGUCACAAAGAGUCUGAUGCUGAGUCGCGCCCUGCAGAGUGAUUGACGGUGAAUGAAUGAUGGAAGAGGAUAGAAAAGAGGACUACUGUACAUAACAAUUGGUGGCAGAAGAAAAGGAUGCACUGCUUUGAAGAGAAGGAUCAAUUCCACUGACUGGACCCAUUUCAUGAACUGCACUGGAACCCUUGACUGUUGAAAAGCAUGAACUGUAUCUCACUUUGUGCUAUUCCACAAAGACGGCAAAAAUGGAGAAUCUUCUUCUCUUUUGACUUUUCUUAAGCUCUGGGAAUAUUAUGCAGUAAAUUCCAUGAACGUGAAUGUGAGCUGGAUAUCAGCUUGUUCUAAACACACUUUCUGUCGCUCUGCCAUAUCGCUUUUUUAGGUUCAGAUGAAAUGCCUUUUAACAAAAGCACAUCAAAUGAAGGAAUUAUUAACAAUAUUUUUAGACAGCUGUACAAAAUCUGUUUUUACUGUAAAGGCACUUUGGUCACUUAGAAGAGCCCUUCUGCUUUAUUGCUAUCUCUGAGUCAUAAAAAUCUCUUGGAAUCUACAACCAACAAUACCAUUAAGAGCAAGAGUCCAAAAAACAAGAAUGGGUCAAAAUACCCAUGAGAGCAAGAACAGAGGACAGCAUCAUUACUGGUAUUACUUGAAAAAGACAAAUUGUCAAUGCCUUGUAACUUUUUUAAUUAGUUAAAAACAUUUUAUUUCUUUGUUAUUUUGUUGUUUGUAACAAGUAUAGCCUAAUAAAAACCCUAAUAAACCA